CCACAUGCCCACGUCGCCGUCCCAAAACCCGCUGUCGGCGCUCCCACGAGGUAUCAUGGAGAAUCUUAGAGUUCUCGAGCUCGCGACGUACAUUGCCGGACCGGGAGCAAGUCUUAUUUUUACGGAGCUUGGUGCUACCACGAUUAAGGUUGAAACCCCGUCGACGGAUGGGUCUAGUGCUGGUGGCGAUCCUAUGCGACAGCUUCUGCUGCCCUUCGAGCCUGGCAGGCCCCAUAGUAGCAUUUUCGAGAUGUUCAAUCGCGGCAAGGAAAGCAUCUGCCUUGACUUGAAGUUAGAGAAGGAUAUGCAACUCUUCUGGGAGCUUCUCGAAGAUGCUGACGUUUUUAUCACAAAUGUUCGUAUUGAUUCCCUGUGUAGUCUGGGUAUUGACCACCGAACAGUGUGUGCACAGCUACCAUCGCUGGUUUAUGUCCUCAUGACGGCGUGGGGGACCAAAGGGCACGGAUAUCAGAAACCUGGCUAUGACGUUGGGGCUUUCUGGGCUGCCAGUGGGGCUACAUGGGUUCUGCACGAGGAAGGUGCUUACUCUAUCUUCCCUCUAGGGCUGGGGGACUCCACCACAGCAUGCGCUGUGUCAUCAGGGAUUGCCACGGCUCUCUACAGAAGAAUGACAACGGGUAAAGGGCAACUGGUGGACUGUUCUCUCCUGCACGUGGGUAGCUGGUGUAUGUCUUACGAAUACGCUCGAGGGGGGCCGGGCAGGAGUGGUCGUAGGGAGGACCAGUAUCUGCAUCUUCCAGAUGGCGAGUGGAUCGCCGUUCUGGAUGCAGCGGAUGUACCCAAGGCUCGGCUAGCGGUCAAGGGCUGCAAAGGGCAAGCUGAGGGUCUUGACAUUCUUUCCAGGAAUAAUGUGCCGUGCCUUCCCAUACACACGGGGACAGUCAAGUUCUUCGAGGACUUCCCUGAAGAUCCCGUUCUCAAACCGUGCCUGAUAAAGUCGCCCGCUGUGGACAAGACGUGUGUUCUUUCCGCGAUUCCCUUCCACGUCACUGGGCUGAAGCCACCUAGAAGUGGCGCUCCGGUUUUUAAUUCUCAUGAGAGUGUGAUACGCAAGAGAGGCUUUCAAGAGGCGGGUCAUCGCCGUUUUCUGCCUCGACAUGUGGCCAAGGCUCCGACCAAGGCCCUGGAGGGAGUCCUCGUAGUUGAACUGCCCGUGGGCGACUGCCUGGGAAUCCGCGCUGCCGGUGCUAUUCUGGCUGACUAUGGCGCUACAGUGGUCACUUGCAAUAUGCUUCCUGAUAGCCACUAUGAGCGUGGGAAACAGUCCGUGACUGUAUCGGAAAUCGAUCAAAUGUUCCGAGAUAAGAAGGUGACCGGAGUGAUGUGUGAGCAGAGCGAGGAUUGGCUGAGAGACAACGGCCUGGACGUAUACUUAGCUGAUGAGGACACCAACAUGGUCGUCCUGAAAUUCAAUUCCGGUAUGGACAGCGACAAGGAGAGGACUCCUCAGUACCACACCGACUUCGCUGCCUGGUGGAUUCGUGCUGGAAUGAUCACUAUGGUCAAGGGCGUGGGUGGUCGCCAUCUUCCGAGGCUGCCAUGGCACUAUGGGGACCUCCUCAUUUCCACUCAGGUAUGUGCUGGUUUCCUCUGUGCGCUCCUACACCGUCGAAUGACCGCUAGGGGUAUUGCUGUGAACAUGUCCUACAUCCGUAGUGGUCUUUGGAACUGCAGCUCAACCUUGGCUCCUGUAGUCGCGACACCUACUCUUUGCACAUUGGUGUUGAAAAACUACGAGAUAUGCCGGAGGACCUGGCCCCUGGUCACGUGCAACUGCCAUCGAACUAAGGAUGGGGCCUGGAUACAGAUGUUAUGUGUGGAAACAGACAGGGGCCUCAGACGCUUCUGGGCUGCCAUGAACCCGUGGUAUCGCGCACGCCUAUUGAACGCUGUCUCCAGAGGCGGCGCCGACUACCUGUGGGCCAAGUUGUCACCAUUUGAUCACUCGUCUAUGGUGGAGAGAUUGACGCCUCUUCUGGGGUAUCUCUUUGAUGUCCUCGAGUCCUUCAUAUCGAAUCAUACUCUCGAGGAAAUGGAGCAUUUGGACGAAACUCACGACCUGUGGUUCACGAGGAUCAACAAGCCAGAAGAAGCGUGCCGUGUUGAGCAGGCCCACACUACCGGAAUAUGGGGUACUGCUGCUGAUGGGCAGAAGUUUGUCACCGCGCCAUUCAAUCUAUCCGAUUGCCCUCCGGUGCGAUCUGGAGUCCGUUUGAGCCCAGGCCCUUCUGCGGUCACCACCUCAUCUAAGCUCUAAUCACUAUUGAAAUGAGUGAACUUUUGCCACUGCUGUAAGUGGACUACUUUGUCGUAUCGCGUACCACCUCAGACGCGUGUCACUGGGCUCGAGAUUGCAGCCUUCAGUGAUCAUCCGCUUUUUGACCUGCAUAAUUUUUCUGUCACCUUUUACGACUAGGUGCGAGCUCCUCGUCACAUUCGGAGUGUUUGGCUGAGCACACGCACGAUGUUAUUCCGUCUAGCUUAGUGUA